AUGGCUUCUCCGGACCAGUCCCUGACCACCGAUGAAAUCAACCAGUUCCUCGACGACCUUGACAUCAACGGAGAUGGCACCAUAGACUACGGAGAGGUUGAACACAAAAUCGACCAGGUCUAUAAGGAAAUCGCGCCGAUUCCGAAGCGCCAUCACCUUCACCAUGAUAGCAAACGAGAUGAUACGCGCCACGCCUUCCUGCGACACAUUAUAGGAUCCGACCAGAGACGGAUAUCGCGAGCGGAUAUGAUGCAGCGGGUGCAAGAAUGGAAAAUACCUUCGCUGCAGAUGGAGUCAAAAAGCGACCAGGAUGAGGACAAUUACGUGCACAGUCUUUCUAUGUGGCGACGCGUCCGAGCUUACUGGAGUGUCCAUGGACCUAAAAUUCUGUUUCUUAUAUUAGUGGUGUCUAUGCAGCUGGCGUUUGGUAUUUGGCAGCUUGUCAAGUACCUCACGACCAUGCAGUACCGGCACGCGUUUGGAUGGGGCGCUGUCCUAGCGAAGACUUGUGCAGGCUUGCUCUACCCAACCUUCUUCUUUUUGUUACUCAGCAUGUCGCGAUACUUUUCGACGUUCUUGCGGAAGUUUUACUAUGUCUCGAGAUUCGUCAAUUGGGAUCUAUCACAGUCCUUUCAUAUCAAGAUGUCAAUCCUCGCGCUGGGAUUGGCCUCGUUGCAUGCUAUUGGGCACCUUACAGGCUCUUUUCUUUACGCCAGUAGACCGGCACAAGAGGAGAAGGUUACUAAAGUGCUGGGACCCGAUGCGGUUCCUCGUCCCUAUAAGGACUAUGUGGCUACCCUGCCGGGGUGGAGCGGCGUCGUGUGCCUGGCUAUGUUCUGGACCCUUGCACUACUUAGCAUGCCAGUGGUACGGCGACGGAGCUACGAGGCCUUCCAAAUCGGCCACCUCCUUAUGUACCCGAUGAUCGGCCUCCUGAUGGCGCAUGGCACAGCUGGGCUUCUACAGUGGCCAAUGCUCGGGUACUGGCUUGCAUUCCCGACAUUGCUUAUACUGGUCGAGCGCGUUGUUCGCGUUGCGCUAGGGUUCCAUCGCAUCCCGGCCACUUUGAAGCUUGUCGAUGCAGAUACUGUCGAGAUUAAAGCAACGAUCCCUAGUGAGCGCAUUUGGAAGUACGAAGCAGGACAGUACAUUUUCCUUCAGGUCCCGAAGCUCAGUCUCUUCCAAUGGCACCCAUUCACAGUGUCUGUAUGUAUCGGCCACGAGAUGCAAGUCCAUAUCAAAACCGACGGUGACUGGACCGGUCGAUUGAGGGAUCUGGCCGAAGGCUCGGGGCCAACGAAAAUUGAAGUCGGCAUCAACGGGCCGUUUGGUGCUCCGGCGCAGCGUUUUUACGACUUCAGCCACAGCAUAGUAGUUGGCGCUGGCAUCGGAGUCACCCCAUUUUCUGGGAUUUUGGCUGAUUUGCAAGCACGUGAUGACCAACUGCACAUUUUAUCGGAAGAUGCUAUGGAGCCGGAAGCACAGACCGACAAGGAGCGACAGCUUGAUAAUUUGCAAGGACAGGUCAACUCUGACUCUCCAUCGUCGUCGUCAGACGAGCCCUCCCUAAUUGCGGAAGACUAUCGCCGAGUCGACUUCCACUGGAUAGUCCGCGACAGGAACUAUCUUCUUUGGUUCUCGGAUCUCCUGAACUCCGUCUCUCGAUCCCAGAUGCGCCACCGUGCCCAAGAAGGAACACCACAUCUCGACAUCCGCAUACAAACGUAUGUGACACAACGCCGUAAGAACAUCUCAACCCACGUCUAUCGGUGGCUUCUCGAAAUGCAUCGCACCGCAGAGCACCCCGAGUCGCCCCUCACCGGUCUCAUCAAUCCGACCCAUUUCGGGCGGCCGGACUUUAUCGAGGCGUUGGACGCGCAUUACGAGGAUAUGCGGAAGGUGAAGGCAUCCAUGACGAAGCGGGAUCUAGAUUCCAGGGAACGACUGAAGAUCGGGGUCUUUUUCUGCGGAGCGCCAGUUAUUGGCGAGAUUUUGGCGGAUAGGUGUGCGGAACUUAGCGCGAGGGGAAGGCAGGAUGGAAGCAAGAUUGAGUAUCAUUUUGUGACAGAAGUAUUUGGUUGA